CAGUCAAUGAGCGAGUCAGGCGCUGAGCGGCAGCACUGCACCUUAUACAGUAGGCUAUUUGCAAACGGCUCUCCGACCUCAGACCCGAUAUCUUUCCUUUUCUCCUUUUUUUUGCCAGUCUAUCCAAAUUCCUUCUCAUUUGUACAUGUAACUGACACCAUUCUCUACACACACGCGCGGAUAACCUAUUACAAGGCAACCUGCUCCGAUCAUUCCUGCGCGGUGCAACUACUUUCCUUUCCACGCGACUUCGCUAUCUCCGGCACCUCAACAAGCCUGCUGUAGAGAAGUGUCUGUUGUGGGGAUAAAAAAGCCAUCUCGGACCUCCAAAGGGAUUGCUUUAAACGCCGACUUGACCUUCUGAGAAUGACCCGGCAGUGACGUGGACCCCACCCCGCCCCCUCUUCGCCUUCGGUUUCGCCAGACCCCCCUGUCCCUGAAACCCUCGGCCUCCGACCAGUGAAGCCCCGCCUCCUCCGCCGGCCCCGCCCGCGUCUCUCUCGGCCCCUCCCCCCCAAGGCCCCGCCUUCUCUCCGCCCCCCGUCCCCUCGCCCGGCCCCAGAGGAAACCCGCCCCGGAGCCCAGAUGGACUUGCACCGGGCCGCCUUCAAGAUGGAGAGCUCCUCCUACCUGCCCAACCCGCUGGCGUCCCCGGCGCUGAUGGUGCUGGCGUCCACGGCGGAGGCCAGCCGCGACGCCUCCAUCCCCUGCCAGCCGCCCCGCCCCUUCGGCGUCCCCGCCUCCGUGGAGAAGGACGUGCACCUGCCCUUCACCAACGGCUCCUACACCUUCGCCUCCAUGUACCACCGGCAGGGGGCCGUCCCCGGCGGCUUCCCCAGCCGGGACUUCCCGCCGUCCCUCCUCCACCUGCACCACCAGUUCGCCCCGCCCAGCCUGGACUGCUCGCCCAUCAGCAUGCUGAACCACAGCGGCGUGGGCGCCUUCCGGCCCUUCGCCUCCCCGCCGGACGAGCGCGACGGCGGCGGCGGCUACCAGUCGGCCUUCACCCCCGCCAAGCGGCUGAAGGGCUGCCUGGAGGCGGAGGCCUCGCCCCACCUGCGCUACUCGGACGCCGAGGGCAAGGAGUACGACUACACGGGCACCCAGAUCCCGUCCAGCUCGCCCGGCGCGCUCAAGGUCGUGGUGGAGGACGCCGGCAAGAAGAUCUUCGCCGUGUCCGGCCUGCUGUCCGACCGCGAGCCGUCGUCCAGCCCGGAGGACCGCAUCGAGCGCUGUAAGAAGAAGCCGUCCCUGUAUGACAGCCAGGCUCCAGUCUGUCCUAUCUGCCAGGUGGUGCUGAGGCCCGGUGAGCUGCAGGACCACAUGGAGCAGGAGAUGGAGCGCCUGACCCACAUGCACCUCAGUAAGAAUCCAGCGCACAAGGACCUGAGCGUGGUACCUGGCACACCCAAGUCCCUCUUGCUGUCCGUGCACAUCAAGCGCGAGGGGGGGUCUCCCACCGUCUCCCCCCUCUCCUCGGACGACCUCCACCACUCUGACCGAUACCAGACAUUUUUGCGAGUGCGAGCGAACAGACAAACACGAUUGAAUGUCGAUGACCUCUGCUGGUGCAGGCGCUACACCAAGGAAAGUGUCAAAAGUGCCCCCUUGCCGUCGCUCAACGGGGCCCCCCUUGCCCCCUGCUGCAUUCGACACGCCCGGAUCGGGAAGAUGAAGCGCAGGAAGCCGGAGGACGGGCAGGUAUGUCCCCUGUGCAGCGCCCCACUGGCAGGAACGGAGGAGGAGAUGAGUAGGCAUGUGGAACAAUGUCUGUUCAAGCGGGAGGGCGCGUGCGGAGCGGACGACGACUCCGCCGACGUGGACGGCGAGAACGGGACGCCCUUCGAGGAGUACGAGUGGUGCGGACAGAAGAGGGUGCGCGCCACCUCCCUGCUGGAGGGGGGGUUCAGAGGAACGGGUUUCGCCACCUGCAGCACCAAGGAGAGCCACGACAGCGACGCCGACCUGGACGUGGACGGGGACGACACCCUGGAGUACGGGAAGGCGCAGUACACCGAGGCGGACAUCAUCCCCUGCUCCGGAGAGGACCAGGGCGAGGCCCGCGAGCGGGAGGCCCUGCGGGGGGCCGUGUUAAACGGUGGGACUCCCUCCAACAGGAUAGCGGCAGAGUUCUCCAAGUGGGCCAGUGAUGAGAUGCCCUCCACGAGUAAUGGGGAGAGCAGCCAGCAGGACGCGAGCGCCAGUUCCUCAGCCUCCACACAGAGGACCUGUAAAAACAGCGACAUUGAGAAGAUCACGGAGGACUCGACCGCGACCACUUUAGAAGCACUAAAGGCCCGCAUUCGGGAGCUGGAGAAGCAGAUCCUCAGAGGGGACCGAUAUAAGUGUCUAAUCUGCAUGAGGAAGCGUUUCCAAACAGGGGCUGAAGACAAGAAUCUGGGCCCGGCGUGGCUGCAGCCCGAGCGGCGGGAGAGCGCCAAGCCCCUCCCGCUCAGCAUUUACUGUUUGUAUAGAGGCUACGUAGUCAGCUGCGGCGGGAGGAAGCGGACGCUCCCGGCCCGGAGGGAGUCCUACACCAUGCCCCUAGCCUCCAUUCAGUGCUGGCACGUUCACUGUGAGGAAUGCUGGCUGCGGACUCUGGGAAACAAGAAACUCUGCCCACAAUGCAACACCAUCACGUCGCCGGGGGACCUCAGGCGCGUCUACUUGUGAGGAAGACGCCGGUCGGCGGUCGGCGGGCCCCCCCCCCAAACCCCACUCUCCCAUCCUCUCCAUCCAGUUUAUAUUGCUGUUUGCUGUCAGUGUAUUUGAGAUCUUUUUUUUUUUUUUUUUGGGAGUGGCAUGGAUUCUUUUUUUUUUUGUUUGUUUGUUUUUUUUUUUAAAAAGAAGCCUUUCGAGACUAAAUGGAGACAGGACUCUGGUCUGUACAAAGUAAAUUUCAGGGGGUGACUGUGGAAAGGCAGGCGUAGGACCAGCACCCACAGACUCCGUGUAACCCGUACUCCUCUGAGCGCGCCCCCCAACCUGACAUCCCCCCCCCCCCUCACCUGGAAACCGCCCCCUCCCUGACCUCCGUCACAGCUGCCCCCUUGUAGCAGUUAAAUUACUGGGCACUUUUUUGUGUUUUUGGUCUUCUCCACUCGAGUCCAUUUUGUCCAGUUGUUGCCCCCCGAAAUGUGAACACAUGAAGUCCCCCUUUCUCCCGGCUUUGUUCCUCUGUGCCGACGAACUCGCCGCGGCUCCAAGGAGGCGUUUCCAGCCGGUGCUGUCAUGGUGAAGCCCCUCCCCUUCCAGGACAAACCAGACUGUUAGCCUCUGAGCUCCGCCCCCUUCCCUGUCCUGUCCCCCCCCCCCCCGGCGAGGAGACCAGCAGGGAACAAACCUCGGCUCCCGAGCUCUCGACCAAAACCAACGACCUCACGAGGACUUUGGGAACCCCUCUCCACGCGCCGCUUCCUUCCUUGUUUCUUCCUUGCUUGUGGUGUUCUAGUGAAGUUACUCAACCAAAAUUCAAAAAGCGCAGAAUCAACACGUAGAGGAAGUGCGAGCACAUGUAAUAUAGUCUGUGUAUGUUUACAAUGUUGUGUAUAAAUGGCAUAGAGUUCAGACGCAUACUUACACACACACACACACGUACACUCUCACCAAUGUACGCGCCCACACGCACUCACACACACACACACACACAAGUAUGUAUUAAAGUUUUUGUUUGGGACAGCGUGGAGAGCAGGAGCAAAGGAGGACAUUUAAAAUGGCGGAUAAGAAAAUUCUGUAUUUUUAAACCUGUUGUCUUCUUGAGGUUGAAGUUAAAUGUCAUUGUACAGGGAGAUGUCAUGGUAAUAAAGUACUCAAAAUAGUAUUCCAAGGAUUA